AUGGUGGAUGUAGAUGUUGUGAGUGAUGGAAAUGGAUUGGAUAUGCAACAUAUGGACUAUAUUAUACAAAAAAUUGCACAGUUGAGGAAAUCAGGUUACAAUGAUGUAGACAUUAUGAGAUGCCUUGGAAUUACAAAAGCUCAUUUAGAAGAGUUUGGAUAUGUGGUUGUCAAUGUUGAAGGUGAAACAGUUCAAGGGAAUGGAGUAGAAGGUGGAGUUGAACAUGGACAUGGAGAUGGAGUUGAAGAUGUCCAUGGGAAUGAAGAAGAAGGUGGAUUGGAAAGAGAUAGACAAGGAGAUGAAGUGGAAGGAGGUGGAGAGGGAAAAGGUAAUGAAGAAGAAGAAAGGGAAGUAGAGGGGAAUGAAGAAGAAUAUGGAGAAGAAGGAGAAGGAGACGGAGAAGAAGAUGGAGAUGGAGAAGGAGAUAAAGGAGAUAGAGAAGGGGAUGAAGUGGAAGGAGUUGAAGAUGAAGAUGUUCAAGGAAAUAAAGAAGGUGGAGAAGGAGUUGAAGUUGUUCCAGUGAAUGAUCCAGUACAUGAAGGGCAUUUUGGGAAUAAUGUACAACAAAGGACAAGGAGAACCCUCAGAGAGGAUCAUUCUUCAAAAGCUGAAAAAUAA